ACUAGCCACCCGCGUCCCGGGAACCACCGCAAAACCUGGGGAGAGAUCAGAAGGCAGAGGCUUUUUGAGUCCUAAGACUCCGUGCUUAGUGGCGUGUUUCAUGUGUUUUACACGUGUCCAAGUGUCAUUCCAAAGUCAUACUCGAGCCCUACCAAAUGUCGGGAUUUUUAAAUGCGUCAACCAUUCAUGAAGGAAGCAGAGGACUGCUGGGCACUGGAGAUACCAUCCUCUGAGACAAAAAUUGUCUUCAAACUAUGGCUGAUGCCACCUCACUCCGUGUGAAAGAGCUCCCCAAUGCUGAAGUGCAGAAGAACCGUGUACUAACCCUGGAAGAAUGGCAGGAUAGGUGGGUGACCCGUAACAUCGGAUUUCAUCAGGAACAAGGGCAUUGGCUAUUAAAGAAGCAUUUGGAUACAUUCCUUAAAGGCCAGAGUGGACUGAGAGUGUUUUUCCCUCUCUGUGGAAAAGCGGUUGAGAUGAAAUGGUUUGCAGACCGGGGCCACACUGUAGUUGGUGUUGAAAUCAGUGAAAUUGCGAUUCGGGAAUUUUUUACAGAACAGAAUCUUUCGUAUACCGAGAAACCACUUACCGAAAUUGCUGGUGCCAAAGUAUUUAUGAGUUCUUCAGGGAACAUCUCAGUGUAUUGCUGCAGCCUGUUUGAUCUUCCCAGAGUGAAUAUUGGCAAGUUUGACAGGAUUUGGGACAGAGGAUCGUUAGUGGCUAUCAAUCCAGGUGACCACGAUCGCUAUGCAGAUGUAAUACUGUCCCUACUGAACAAAGGGUUUCACUACCUCGUGGCCAUCCUUUCUUAUGAUCCAACUAAACAUGCAGGCCCGCCAUUUUAUGUUCCAGACGCUGAACUUAAAAGGUUAUUUGGUAAGAAGUGCAGCAUUCAGUUCCUUGAGGAGGCUGAUGCUUUGGAAGAACGACACAAAGCUUGGGGACUUGAUUACAUUUUUGAAAAAUUGUAUCUCCUUACAGAAAAGUAAAACACAAUCCCAGCAUGCGGGAGGCAGGGGCAGGUGGAUCUCUGUAAAUUCCAGGCCAGCCUGGUGUAUAAGCUCCAGGGCAGCCUGGCCUAUGCAGAGAAACUCUGUCUUAGAAAAAAAAAAAGCAAAACAAAAAUAAUCAAUCCUUGUAUGAGUUUUUAAAAAUGAAAGAUUAUGUUAAUGCUUGAAAGUAUAAGCACUUGGAAUUUUCUUAUGCAGCGUACAGAUCUUUGCUCAUGAUUUUUUAAGUGAAGUCGCACAUUAAAUACCGUGUGUCUUGUUUAUAGUCAGCAUGUAUUACUUCUAUAAUCAAAAAUCUAAUGCCUGUAACUUUAAACAAUAAAUAA